AUGUCGACCCUCACCGUGGAUCCACCAGCCGCUCAAUUGGACGCUGCCGGAGGAAAGAGCUGCCACACGCUCAUCAAUGGAGGAACUGCCAAAGUCGUCUUUAAGGUGAAAUCAUCGAACAACACCGAGUACCGUCUCAACCCUGUCUUCGGAUUUGUCGAGCCUGAAGCCGCAGCACCCCUUGAAGUAACCCGUUUGGCCGGCCCUCCGAAAGAAGACAAGCUGGUCAUCGAGUUCGGAGAUGCACCAGCCGAUGCCGAAACUCCUCAAGAUGCCUUCAAGUGUGUGGCCGCUCCUCAGAAGCUGACGAUCCCCCUCACGGCUCAA